AUGAUUCACGAACUUGAAUAUGGCCUCUUGAAUAAGAAAAUAGCAGUUAUUACGCUUGUGCUCUGGAUGGAAGAGACCGGUGCACACCAGAUCCCUGAUCGAGGCCGGUUCCGUGAUACUGUUGGAUCGAGGUUCACGCAUCGAUUUGGUUGCGUCUGGAUUGACACAAUCCGGAUGACGUCUGCAAGUGAUUGGUUGCUAAUUAGGCAUCUUUGGGCCAAUGUGGGUUGGGCCACAUUUUUGGCGCGAGGCAUUGAUACCCAACGUUACCAACCACCACCUGGCACCGACGCACCGUUACCAAAUUCCCGACUAGUAACACUACUCUAUAUCCGUAUCCGUACGAACCACACAAAGCAGCGUUUGCGGGAAAAAAGCACGCACUCGCCUUGUCUUGAGCCGUGGACCACCGCGGACAGAAUGGAGACUGAAAGAGGAAGAGAGACGGGGCAUUCCCGGCAGUCGGAAGCGAUAGGCCACCGCUUCGCAGCGAUGCAUAGGGGCCACAUCGCCGACCCCGAGUGGGUUCGUAGCAACGGCGAAGUCAAUUUUGAUGAGGACACCGCCAGCAACUGCCGGACGACAAAGAGACAGGGCAAGCAACGGGGAGCUACGCCGUCAAGUCGCGAAAUGGCCGGCAGUGGAGGGCAAGGGUCCCAGGAAACGAACGUCCGUCUUCCACGCUCCACAGCUACGGGGGUUUGA